AUGAAGUCUGAGAACCAAACGGUUGUCCACGACUUCUUUCUUCUGGCAUUUCAGGACAUUCCCAGAUUCAAAUACUGUCUCUUUGUUGUCUUUCUGCUCCUAUAUCUGGUGACGUUGGUUGGAAACCUUUUGAUAAUAACCACAGUGUACAUCGAUGUCCAUCUUCACAAUCCAAUGUACUUCUUCCUCAGCCAUUUAUCCUUCUCUGAAAUUGUAUUCACUACAAACAUGGUACCCAAUAUGUUAUCUGCCGUGUUACACGAAGGAACAUUCAUUUCUAUAAGUGGUUGUAUUGCACAAUUUUACGUAUUUUCUACAUCUACAACGGCAGAAUGUCUUCUCCUCACAGCCAUGUCCUACGACCGCUACUUGGCCAUCUGCAGUCCUUUGUUAUAUUCAUCUAUCAUGAGCCAGAGACUUUGCCUUCGCCUUGCAGUAUUGUGUUGGCUAUCUGGCUUCUUUAUAUCUGUAAUUUCAGCUGUAGCAUUAAGUCAGUUGUGGUUCUGUGGCCCUUACAUUAUUGACCACUUUUUUUGUGACCUCGCCCCGAUUCUUCAGCUCUCGUGCUCAGACACCUUCUUUCUGGAAAUGGAAGAUUUUGUCCUCUCCUUUCCAGUUUUGGUAUUUCCUAUUGUUUUCAUUGUGGUGACGUAUGUCAAAAUUAUAUCUACCAUCCUCCAGAUUCCGUCGAAUACAGGGAGAGAGAAGGCCUUCUCUACCUGCAGUUCCCACCUUACUGUUGUUUGCACCUAUUUUGGGACCCUCAUAUCUAUCUACAUGGCUCCAUCAUCAGAGAACUCCUUUACAAUCAAUAAGGUCUUAUCCUUGUUAUACACAAUAGUGACUCCAUUAAUCAACCCCUUCAUAUACAGUCUUAGAAGUAAUGAUAUCAGGUUGUCUUUAGUAAAAUUAUUCAAAAAUCUGAAAGAAAUUGGAAUUUAA